AUGCAACUUGACUCCAACUUCCACCUUGAGAUGGCUCGCCCAAAGAAGUAUCACACAAAAGCCGAAAGAAAAGAGGCUAAUCGAGCCAAGAACAGGAAGUAUUAUUCCAGAAAGAAAGAUGAAAUCAAUAGGCACCGGCGAGAGAAGCAUGCCAAAAACGUUGCUCGCCUGGCACGCAGAGAGCUUCGACCUUGGACCCAGCUGGGUGAAGGACGAAAGGGAACGACCAGGUCAAGCACUCAUAAUGACGAGACCGUCAAGAGAUCGGUGGCGGCAGCACGAGUUAUAUUUAGAACAUACCAGAGGGUCGUCUCCAACGACGCCUCUGCGUAUUGUUUGAACCUCUGCCGCCAGCUGUUCAAGGAUUUCGAAAACGGCAUUUCAAUCGCUGAAGCAAGGAACACGGCCGCCUACCACGCCAAUAGAAUCGCAACGUUCACCAAACAAGUGCGCGUGCAUUACGAUGUCAUUCUGGACCGUGCAGGGAUUGGCUCGGAUUUCAAGACAGUCGAGAGCAUGAUGAAUCAAAUAGGAGAUGCGGUGAGGAUGGUGGAGGACAUUGAAGCGUGCCUCCUUGAAGGAUUUGAGGCUUUAAUCCGUUCCUUCAGAGAGAAAAAUCUUGUCUUUCAACUGUAG